AUGGCGCCCCCGUCAGAAGGCGGCACUGAUGCCCUCCUCCCAGAUCUCCCCAAGGGGCCCCUGCAGGCCUACCGCGCCCGCGCCUCCUUCUGCUGGCGGGAGCUGGUGCUGUUCCUGGAAGGCGAGGACGUGCUGCGCCUGAAGAAGGCCAUCUUCUCAGCUUUGGAGAAUGACCCGCUCUUUGCUCGUUCGCACGGGGAAGAUCUCUCCCUGGAGAAGUACCGGGAGCUGAGCUUCCUUCGCUGCAAGCGGGUCAUGGAGUACAGCCUCCUCCCUGUGGAAGAGAUGGUGGCCAGGCCUCUGUCGGUCCAGACGCUCAUCGCCUGCCUGGGCAUGUAUGACUGGUCCCUGGCUGUCAAGUUCUUGCUGCACAUGCUGACUUUUGGAUCAGCGAUUUACAGCUCUGGCUCUGAAAGACAUUUAAAAUACCUUCCAAAGAUCUUCAACAUGGAUAUUUUUGGGUGCUUUGCGGUGACUGAACUCAGUCACGGGAGUAAUGCCAAGGCCAUCCAAACAACUGCUCACUACGACCCCACCACCGAGGAAUUCAUCAUACACUCUCCUGACUUUGAAGCUGCCAAAUUCUGGGUUGGCAACAUGGGCAAGACAGCUACUCACGCUGUGGUGUUCGCUCAGCUGUACACGCCGGGGGGGCAGUGCCACGGCCUGCACUCCUUCGUGGUGCAGAUUCGGAACCCCAAGACCCUUCUUCCCAUGCCAGGGGUAAUGGUUGGCGACAUCGGGAAGAAGCUGGGGCUGAACGGUGUGGACAACGGAUUUGCCAUGUUCCACAAGGUUCGAAUUCCUCGCCAAGACCUCCUGAACCGGACUGGAGACGUCACCCCUGAGGGUACCUACAUCACCCCCUUUAAGGACGACAGGCAGCGCUUCGGAGCGUCCCUGGGCACCUUGUCCUUUGGCCGGGUCGCCAUUGUGGGCAUGUCCAUCGUGAACUUAAAGCUGGCCGUCUCCAUCGCGCUUCGUUUCUCAGCCACUCGGUGUCAGUUUGGGCCCUCGGACGGGGAGGAGGUACCGGUGCUGGAGUAUCAGACACAGCAAUGGCGCUUGCUUCCCUAUCUGGCCGCCGUCUAUGCCUUAGACCACUUCUCCAAAUCGCUCUUCCUGGACUUGGCGGAGCUGCAGCAAGGCCUCAUGGGGACAGACCAAGGCGCCAGGCAGGCAGAGCUUGGACGUGAGAUCCACGCCUUGGCGUCAGCGGGCAAGCCCCUGGCCUCAUGGACUGCCCAGCGGGGAAUUCAGGAAUGCCGGGAGGCGUGCGGAGGACAUGGCUAUCUGGCCGUGAACCGCCUGGGUGACCUCAGGAACGACAAUGACCCAAACUGCACGUAUGAGGGGGACAACAACAUCCUGCUGCAGCAGACCAGCAGCUAUCUGCUCAGCCUGCUGGCAUGCCACGUCCAAGGUGGCGCUCGCUUCGAGAGCCCUCUGAGGACUGUGGACUUCCUGCAAGCCUAUCCUGAUAUCCUUGGCCAGAGGUUCACGUGCCCCAGCGUCGACAGCUGCCUGGACUCCUCAGUUCCCCUGGCGGCUUACGAGUGGUUGGUUUGUUACCUGCUCCGCGAGAGUUAUCAGAAAUUAAAUCAAGAGAAAAGAUCAGGAAGCAAUGACUUUGAAGCAAGAAACAACAGUCAGGUGUACUACUGCCAUCCCUUGGCCCUGGCGUUCCUGGAGCUGACGGUGGUGCGGAGGUUCCACGAGUACACGCACCAGCCCUGCGUGCCGCCCCCACUGCGGGCCGUGCUGGGACGGCUCAGUGCCCUCUAUGCCCUGUGGUCCCUGAGCCAGCACACGGCCCUGCUCUACCAAGGUGGCUACUUUUCUGGUGAGCAAGCAGGUAAAAUGAUCCAGAACGCCAUCCUGGACCUGUGCUCACAGCUGAAAGACGAUGCCGUUGCCCUGGUGGACGUGAUCGCCCCUCCCGACUUUGUCCUGGACUCCCCGAUUGGCAGAGCCGACGGCGAGCUCUAUAAAAACCUCUGGACUGCUGUCCUUCUGGAAAGCAGAGUGCUGGAGAGGCCAUCGUGGUGGUCGGAGUUUUCCGUCCAUAAACCCCGUAUAGGAAGUUUGAAAUCAAAGCUGUAG